CUUUUACGCAGAGUUUAGAAACUUUACACAUAUCGGUGGCGGGAGAUGUGCAGCCGAAGAGAGGGAAGCUGUCGUUUCUUUUAUAUUUAAAGUAGUUAAAAUUCUGUCAGAAUAAAGUGGAAAAGCAGGAACAGUUUUGAUAAUAAUAGUCUUUGCUGGAGGGAAACGCAAAGAUGGAUGAGUUCGGAGUUUAUGCGGUUUUCGGGGUAAACGGUCCGCCUCAACGGCUGCUGAGUGCUGAAGGGUCGAGCAGGGUGGCUGUCGCGGUUCCUCCAUCUGUCCGGCAGGUGGUGCUGUUCAGCAGCGGGCCGUGGGGGGAGAGGAUCUGCGUCAACGCGGAGCUCAACGACGCUGAGCGGAUUCCCAUCACUAUCGGCAAACUGACUCCUUAUAACAAAUGUUUGUCAUGGGAGCAGUGGGAAGAGGAGACAUGGACUGACAGCGUCACACUGAAUGUCACUCUAGUAGGAGGAAACCUGGGGAAAGCAGAUUGGUCAGAACCACAGCUCAUCCUGGCCGUCAAGGAAUACACUCCGAAGGACACCGUGGCUCCUCUUGCUCCCCGAGAGCUCAACGGCAAGAGGAAGAGAGAGCGGAUGGCGGAGGAAGAGCUCGAUGAGGGAAAGGAGACAAAGAGAGGAGAGGAAGAGAACGUGUGUCCCAACGGCGGCCAGGAGAAGACCACACCUGUUCGAAAGGUCAGAGGUCAAACCAAAGGAAGUCAGAAGCUUUUCACAACCGGAGGAGACACAACAAAGACUAAAGGAGCUAAUGGAGCAGGAGAGGUGCAGGGGAUUGUGGGAAGAACGCCUCCUCAGAGCGCAGCCAGGACGAAGAGUAGGCAGGCCAAGACUCCCACACAGACCGCCCUGCUGGACGGCCCGUCAGGUCGCUGGGGUCAGACACUGUGUCCCAUUGACGCCCAGACAGCUAUUCUGAUUGGAGGACAAGGAGCCAGGAUGCAGUUCUGCAAAGAUCCCAUGUGGAAGCUGUGCACAGAGGACAUGUCCUGGGUGGCAGCGGAGACACUAGCAGAGGGUCCGACACCAGAGGCCAGGAUCGGCCACACAGCCAUCUAUGACCCCGACUCAAAGCGGAUCUUUGUGUUUGGAGGCUCUAAGAACAAGAAGUGGUUCAAUGACGUUCACAUCCUCGACACACAGAGCUGGAAGUGGACCAUGGUGGAGGCUCAAGGUAAGGUUCCUCCCCUGGCCUACCACAGCUGCAGUAUGUUUCGGGGUGAACUGUUCGUGCUUGGAGGGGUGUUUCCUCGUCCAAACCCGGAGCCUGAUGGCUGCAGCGACUCUCUGUAUAUCUUUGAUCCUCACCUCUCCAUCUGGUACGAGCCCAUCGUCACAGGCGACAAACCCUCCCCCCGCUCAGGUCAUUCAGCAUGUGUGAUGCAGGAGAGGAAGAUCUACGUAUUUGGUGGAUGGGACACUCCUGUGUGCUACAAUGACAUGUACAUGUUGGACCUUGGUCUGAUGGAGUUUUCUGCUGUGAAAACAACAGGGAAAGCCCCCUCUCCUCGAAGCUGGCACGGCAGCGCUGUGCUCUCAGACACAAAGUUCUUGAUCCACGGUGGUUACAACGGAAACAACGCUCUCAGUGACACCUUCAUCUUUGACACAGACACCAACAGCUGGACGGAGGUGACGCUCUCUCAGCUGUCUGUCCCCAGGGCAGGCCACUCCAUCAUCACCAUGGAGACAGCCGCUCGCCACCACUUCUCAGAGGAGGCUGAAGACGCGGGUAUGGACGAAGGCUCCAUCAGCAGAACUCUGCUGGUGUUCGGAGGCGGAGACAACGAGGGCAACUUCUACUCCGACCUGACGACCGUGGCUGUGGAAGAACUGCUCGCUGAUAUUUAAAGAGAGUGAGUCAGAGGUGAAUCCUCACUCCCUCACUGUAUGUGAAGCUAUUUUAAACACCCCACACCUGCCUCUACUAUUUAUAUUCCUCUAGUUUGUCUUUUUUUUUUCUUUGGUUAAUCAAAGCUUUUCCUCUUUUAAUAAUGUUUUAAAAAGGUUUUUUUUUAAUUUUAGUUUUGGAAAAUGUGUGUGUAAGGUGUAUAUUUUGGGCGUUUAUUGACUACAGAUCUCAAACUUUUUGCUGUAUUUUCCAUAUAGUGAAUUACAGGAUUAAAAUAGCUACACUGUUAAACAAACUUUCAUUAAAGGGGAUCCCACAAUAAUAAGAACAAUUAUCUUUGUUGAGAACAUAAAGCAAGAACAUUACUUCAGUUUUUAUGUACAUAGUCUAAAACUUCUUAAGUUCCUCCUCAGGUAAAAUGAAUCCAUUUAUUUUUGAUACAUAUAAAUAUGUCUUUUUCUUCUUUUCUCAUGAAUAAUUUGGGCUCUCGGUAUCCCUGAUCAUUUGAAAUAUGUUGCCUCCAGAUAUGUGCAGCUGCACAGGCAUUAUUUCAUUAUGUUCACAAUCAUAGUGCAUUUGUCUUCAUCUCCAAACUAUAUCAUAGGUUUUAGUACAAAAAUCUCAGUUCAUGUUCCUGUGCUGUUCUGCUUUUUGUACUUUGCUUCUGUCUUUACUCAAUAAACUUUUGACUUCC